AUGGAGAGUGGCAGCCGGGCUGCGACGGUCGGGGACGGUGCAGCCAAUAUCUCAGCAGCGCACCUCUGGCUGGAUCUCGUCAACGCGUCGAGUCCGCCUACCCGGUGGGACAGCAGCCCACCUGCAGAAGGGACUGGCCUGGAGGACCAGCAAUGGCUCUUCCGAGAGCAAGCCUACCGGGACUUCACCACCACCAUUCAGGUUUUCAUCCUCAUAGGUUCGCUGCUCGGAAAUGCCACGGUGUUGUGGUGCACCUGCUGCACGAAUGUUUUUAAAUCUGUGACCAAUCGCUUCAUCAAGAACCUGGCAUGCUCGGGGAUCUGCGCCGGCCUGGUGUGCGUUCCCUUCGACGUGGCGCUCGGAGCCAGUCCUCGCUGCUGUUGGUGGCUCCAUACUCUGCUGCUGUGCAAGGCCAUCAAGUUCCUCCACAAACUCUUCUGUUCCGUCACUGUGCUCAGUUUCAGUGCCAUUGCACUCGACAGGUACUACUCAGUGCUUUACCCCUUAGAGAGGAAGAUCUCCGACGCAAGAUCCAGAGAUUUGGUCAUCUACAUCUGGGUCCACGCAGUGGUGGCGAGCCUCCCUGUGUUUGCUGUUACCAACGUGACGGAUGUGUAUGUCACUUCGUCUUGCUCACACGACCAUGCUCAGUCUCUAGGCCACAUGGUUUACGUGUUGAUCUACAACAUCACCACAGUGAUCCUCCCCCUUGCUCUCGUCUUUCUUUUCAUGCUGUUGAUCCGCAGAGCGCUCAGUGCCAGCCAGAAGAAGAAGGUAAUCAUUGCAGCACUGCGAACUCCCCAGAACAGCAUCUCCAUCCCCUACGUCUCCCAGCGAGAGGCUGAGCUUCACGCCACCCUGCUGGCUGUGGUGCUGGCUUUCUCUGCCUGCAGUGCCCCCUAUGGGGCCUUGGUGGUUUAUCGUACCAUUUUGGCAGACAUGAAGGAGCUGCCCAUCUCACUAUAUCUCACUGCCCUUUGGCUACCCAAGGUGUCUCUGCUCACCAACCCGCUUUUGUUUCUGACUGUUAACCGCUCAGCGCGCCACAGCUGGCUGGACCUGCUGGCCAGGAUGCACAGACGUUACAGCCGCCGUAACGUGGUGAGCACCGGGGGUCUGGCAUCUCUUGGGGGGGAGGGUGUGAUAGGGGAGCCAGUGGGACUGGAAACAGCAGGUCGCUCUGGGAGCCAGCUGCUGGAGAUGUUCAACAUCGGCCAGCAGCAGAUCUUUAGACCUUCUGAAGAAGAGGAGGAAGAGGAGGAAGUAGAGAAUGAAAUCCCUUCUCAAGGAUCAGGAGGUUGCUCUGCAACCAAAGAGGACCACAAAAGUGGGUCGAGAUUAGGGAGCUUUAGAGGGGAGGUUAUCACCAAAAAAGACUCUCUGCAGGGGCCAGUUGGAGGGCUUGUCAUCACCAAGGAGGGCCCUCCUUCAAUAAUAGCUCCCCGGGCCUCUCCGGUCCACACAUGUGCUUACGCCUCUUCAUCGCAGGUGGCACCAGCUACGCCUACAGAAGCUGAGGAUGCCACACAAUUUGGGUUUGGACCCUUUGAGCUGCCUCCUCAGUGGUUACCUGAGACCAGAAACAGCAAGAAGAGGUUGCUGCCUCCAUUAGGCAACACACCUGAGGAGCUGAUCCAGACCAAACUGCCCAGACCGCGUCCUGAACGACGAAUAAGCAGAAACAACAAGGUCAGCAUCAUCCCUACUGUGGACCCAUGA